UGCUGUACCGAUGGAGGUAGGGUCCGGGGCAUCCUCGGACAGCGCAGCAGGCAGCUCCACCGAACGAACGGCGACUGGUGGGAUGCAGUCGACGCUGACGCCGACGCCGAGAACACGUUACUCGGUGAACCAGCUGUUGGCGUUGCGCGAAGUGGAGCUAUCGCGCCGAAAGCCGGCCUGCAUCGAUGACUCGCGCUCGGAGAAGCACCUCAAGAUGAUCUCGAUGCUGGUGCGCCGUUCGGAAACGCCGUACGACGACGACGCACCGGUUCCUACCGGGUACGGCCGCAACCGUCUUUCCUACAACGCGCCGGGUAGUGGUGGCGGUGGUAAUGGAGGCCCCGGCGGUAUUGCUAGCGAUAAAGAACGAUCGAACGGCGGUGGGCACCUGUCUGGUGGCGGUGGUGGCGGCAUUGGUAUGAUGGUACGCGGCGAGAUGCGACGGUCGGGUGGCGGUGAUCCGAAGGAACGGUUGCGAAAGGAGGAAGGCAUCGUGCUGUCACCGCAGCGGCGUUCCUUCAACAUGGGCUGCCAGAUGCCAUCGGCACCAUCCUCGGCUGGCGGUGGUACGCUUGGGCUGUCCGGUAGCCUGCUUAGGACGGAUCGCGAUCUGCUCGGUGGAGGCCGGGAGCGUCGCAUAGGCAGCGGGCGCAUCCUGUCGCGUGACGUCUCCUGGGACUACCGGCCAGACAAGGAGCUCCUUGAUGCGGCCGAGUAUCGUACCACCGGCACCGGUGGUAACAACAACAACAACAACAACAACAAUAGUAGCAGCAGCAGCAGCAGCAACACCACCACCACCACCAACGGGACUGCCAAUAACGCCUACCGUGAGCGCGAUCGUGACGGACCGGGCAAGGAGGGAGGAGGCGGAUCUCGAGCCCAUGACGGUGGCAAGGAUGCGAUGCGCAUGGAGCGCUUGGAGCGAAUGGAGCGAAUGGAACGUGGCGGUGGUGGCAAGGAUAUAAUAGAGCGGGGUGAGGAUCGGUACGAUCGUCGCUCGGCCACCAACAACCGUGACUAUGAUCGUGGGGCGGAGAAGGAAAAUGCUCAGCCAAUGCGCGGGUACGGCAAGCAGUCCCGCAACAGCAACUAUUCCAGCAACGAUGGACAUCAUCACCGUGGCGAAGGAGGAGGAGGAGGCUACUAUGGCUACAACAGCUAUAGCAACAACCAUCACCAUUACGGAUCCUCGUAUGGCGACCGGCGCAAGUACAACAAUCACGAUGGCGGCCGCGACGAGGAGCCGGAGUGGUUCAGCGAACCGACCUCACAGCACGAUACGAUCGAGCUGCGCGGCUUUGACGAGCCGUCGCCCGAGGAACCGGACAGCGCUGGACAGGAACCGUCGGCUGCAGCGACUCGAGAACAAGACCAGAACCACAAGAGCCAGACGGCCGGACGUGGAAAUCGCGUGGAAGAGGAAGGUGCUAGCGACAAGCGGAACCGUAACAACGAUGUUACCGGUGAAAGGACGUCGAGCUUGGCGAUGGAUGCUGCUAACGAGGCCACUAGCGACGAUCCUCCGACGAAAGCUGGCCGGCGAGGCCUGGUACGCGACCGUACCUCCGGUGACGGUUCCAGCAACAACAGUGCUAAAGUAGUUGUAGCAGCAGUUGCAACAACAAGUAAAGGUGCUGGCGCAGGUACUGGUGGAGGUGGAGAUGGUGGAAACGAUAGCGAGGCCACGCUGAAACAAUCAUCCGAUGAUUUCAACAUCGAGGAUAUCCUGAAGAUCGACAGCGAUUUCCUUUACAGUGGCAACGAGCCGGUGGAGAAGGACAGUGGUGGCAUGGGAGAAUCACGGUUUUCGCAGUGGUUCCGCCAAGACUACCAAGCGAUGAAGCUAGCCGAAGCAGCGGCGAAGGCACGCAGUCGUCAAAACUCGUUGCAAGAGGACAUCGACAAGAUGAUCAAGGACUUUGCCAUCGCCGAUGAACAACACCAGCAGCAGCAGCAGCAGCAAGCAAACAACGGCAAUAGCAGUAACAACACGAAAUACUUUGCUCCCAUUUCGCCGGCCGCCACCAGCUCGUCGAGUUCGUUCCUCGAUCUGUUCCGGGAGAGACAAGAGUUGAAGGGGCCCGAUGCGACGCCGGGUCCUCUUCACGAAAGAGAUGCCCUUCCACCAUUCAAUGGAGUUCAGCACGCCAUACAGAUGCUGAAACCAAUACUCUCAUCCCAGCCGCAGGAUGUGGCUGCUAUGCAGCAGCAGCAUCCUCACCAUCCCCACUCCCAUCAUCAUCACCACCAUCAGCAACAACUGAAUCACCAACAAAUUCAAAAUCGCAGUCUGCAGCAAAUUCUUGGUGUCAACAGUAGUGCGGCCGGCUCGUCGUCGCCGUCGGUGAUCGGUGGUGGUCCACCGAACCCACAAAUGGGUGGUCAGAUACACAGCGUGGAGGAGCUGGAGGCGCGUUUCCGCCAAUCGGACUUGGCUGGUAUUGGCGGUGCAGAUCGAGGAAAUGGUAGCGGAACGGCACCUGAAGGGCAAGGUGGC